AUGACACUAUUGAAGCCCAUUUCAGUUGAUAUCAACAAUUUGCAGCAACGCAUUGUCCUUGCUCCUCUUGCAAGAUUCCGAAGCAAUUAUGAAAACCACGCAAUCACCGACCUUGUCGUCGAUUACUACCGCCAACGCGCCACCUCAGUUGGGUUGCUCAUUUUUGAAAGCACCCUUAUCUCUGAAAUUGCUGGCGGCUUUUCAGGAGUACCAGGCUUUUACGCGGAUCAACAAGCUGACACGUGGCGGAAGGUCACUGAAGCUGUGCGCGGGAAAGCAAUCAAGGCGGGAUUCGAUGCUGUGGAGCUUCAUGGUGCCUUUGGCUACUUCAUCGACCAAUUCAUCGAGCAGCCAACAAAUGGACGCUUACGUAGAGCUCGAUUCGCAAUGGAAGUGGUUGAAGCUGUCAUUGUUGCAAUCGGCGCUGAGCGCACCGCGUAUCGGUUUUUUCGUGGGGGCUCUUAUAUCCUACAGUAUCUAAAUUCCAAUCUAGCCUAUGUUCACUUUGUCGAACCUCGUGAUGACUAUGUCCGGGCACACCCGGAUUUCAAAAACAUGCUUGAACCGUUCCGCAAAAUAUGGAAAGACCGUCUAUUCAUUUCUGCUGAAGGAUACUCAACGCACACUCAUUUGAUCUCAAAACUGGCCAAUCUAGACCUUGUUGAUCGACUUAGAUAUGGCUGGCCGUUGAACGAGUACCGUAGAGAUACUUUCUAUACACAUGAUGCUGUUGGAUACAAAUAUUAUCCUAUCUACAGCACAGGGAGCAACUUUUAG